CAUUGCGAAGCCGCGAUAUCAGAGAGCACCACGCGCGAAAACCGAACGUUUCGACUGUCAGAGGUUAUAUUGAACCUUCUCCAUAUCAGUUUGCUGUUAUUAUUGAGCAACUAAAGUAUAGCCGCGCUCUCCAAGACCACCUUCCCCCCUCCGACUACAGCGCGUGCAAACGCAUUAUCGCAGUUCGACCCCGCCAUCCGCGAUCUGCAUCUUCGCUGGGACAAACAGCUCUGCUUCCAGAUAAGCGACAACUACCUCAAUCUCUCAGAGUAUAUCGAUAUACUGUUCAGAUAUCCGACAUAGGGUACCGACUCUCUAUUUUCGAUCCCCGACCUCCUUCCUGCUGCAGCUGAGGCUCCCAUACCAUAGCCGCUAAGCCUCUACGUUCACAUAUCGGGUAUAACAAAACCAAGCGCGCUGCUGAGAGGGCACAUUGAAGCUUAGGGACGAGAGCAUAAAAUCAUCGGGCAUUCUUCGAUAGCCUGCUUGAGAUGUCGUCCUCGUCUGCCAGCCCCGAAUCGUGGAUCACCUCGUUCUGCUCUCUACUGGGCCACGAAUACUUCGCCGAAGUUUCGGAAGACUUUAUUGAAGAUGACUUCAAUCUUACGGGCCUACAAGGCCAAGUGCCAAUGUAUAAAGAGGCAUUAGAGAUGAUUCUAGAUGUUGAGCCCGAAGACACUGAAGAAGAGGAGGAUGAUGAUGAUGAUGAGGAUCCAGAUGAGUCCCUUGAAAGCGCAGCACGUCGGCUUUCAGAGCGCCGCCAGAACCGCAUGACAUCGGAUCUCUCAGUUAUCGAAUCCUCGGCCGAAUUGCUCUACGGGCUGAUCCAUCAGCGCUAUAUAUGCUCUCGCGCCGGCAUCCAACAGAUGAGCGAGAAGUACGAGCUCUCUCACUUCGGAAACUGCCCGCGCACGAACUGCGACCACGCCAGGACUCUACCAGUAGGCCUAUCUGAUGUGCCAGGAGAUGAUACGGUGAAGCUAUUUUGCCCAAGCUGUCUCGACGUUUACGUUCCACCGAACUCGCGGUUCCAAACCGUGGACGGCGCGUUCUUUGGCCGGACUUUCGGCUCUCUCUUUCUCAUGACCUUCCCGGACUACGACCUGUCCAAGAAGGCCACCGAGGUUCUCUCGUCAUCUCGGGCUGCGGAUGGUGAAGAGAAGCCAAUGGUAAAUGGCAUGCUUGCACAUAACCUGGCCCCUGGUUUGGGCAAGGGCAAGGUGUACGAGCCACGAAUCUAUGGCUUCAGGGUCAGUGAGCGGGCACGCAGUGGGCCAAGGAUGCAAUGGCUUCGCAGUCGGCCAGACAACGUGCAGGUGCUUAAUACGGCGCUGAACUACGGCGAUGAAGAUAUGGAGGACAAUGAUGCCGCGGUUAAUCCGCAGAAAGUGCGAAGGGCGGGCCAGUUAAAGGGCGCUGGGGCCAGGAGGAAGAAUGACGGGAGCCCCAUGAGCGUGGAUCAGUCGGGACUAUGAACAAAAGCAUCUGGCAUAUAAGGGUUGUUAUCUGAUUUGAUGUCGGCCUAACUGCGAUCCCAUUGACGGCUUAUUAAGGCAUGAUAUUUUACGAAAGCAUUGACGAGCGCUAUGAAGAGGAGUGGGUGAGGUCGCCGCGCCGUGGGAUAAUAGAUGGCCAGGAGGGGGGAUACAGCAGGAAUGGAGUUGUAUAGAUGAAUCAAAAGAGUGAUCAUGGGUCUUUUCGCUUACCCGUGCCUCCGUUCCAUUUCGAUGUAGUAAUAUGAGAGUCUUGUGGGGAAUCCAGCGGGGCAGGAAUACCGUUUUUGUACUGUACAAGUUUUAUUGAGUAUUAUCAGAGUAGAUAAUAUUUUACUUGGCAAACUCU